AUGGAGUGGUUGCAUGUGACGGUAGCGCAACUGAUCACUCUUGCAAUACUGUUGUUGUCCCCAACAUCAUCAUCAUCAACUGCUAAUCCAACGACAACAACAGUUAUGACCAAACCCCGUUGCGAUGAGUAUUGUGGGGAUGUCAGAAUUCCGUACCCAUUCGGCCUGACACAAGAUUGCUCUCUAAACGGCUACUUUUUAAUAACUUGUGACUAUUCUUUCAACCCUCCAAAAGCAUUUUAUGGCAAAGGUGGGAUAAAUGUUACAGAAAUAAGUAUCGAGCAAGGUCAGAUGCAAAUCUUGAACAAUAUAGGCUAUCAAUGUUACGAUCAGCAGAAUAACUACUUUUCCUCCUUUCCCUGGCUCACCUUGGGCGAAUUCACCGUCUCAAGCACCGCAAAUGAGUUCACUGCAGUUGGUUGUGACACUUCUGCAAUUGUUACUGGCUUCAAAGACGAUCAGCGGUACACCGCCGGUUGCAUAUCCAUAUGUGAACAGAAAGAUAGUAUCGUCGGAGAUUCCUGUUCCGGCGCCGGCUGUUGUCAAACUUCGAUCCCCGUAGCGCUACGGAGCCUUAAUGUGACGUUAG